AAGCUUCAGUACAGAAAAGCUUGAACAGAAUUGCGUUCAUUAUUUUGAUGUCAUUUGUGGGCUCAGCUCUGUUCGGGCGAUGCGUGUCCGCAUCCAGGUGCGGUGGUGACACGUGCAGACCAGGGUAGGAGCGCGCAGAACGUGCGCGUCGCACGCGCUGCCAAGUGCGGCUGUGCGCGCGCACGGCUGACUGCGUGAGCGGUGUCGAUGUCGGAAUUUCCAGCGUGCUGGAAGCGCACGGGCCUGUGAGGGCGGAUGCAAAACUGCGGGACGGACUGUGUGGAUUCGGAGUUGCCACCGAACAUGCUGUACUCGCACGAAUCCGGUGUUCAGCGGUACGUCGUCCGUGCAGUUGGACCUGUAAUGUCACACACAGUAACAGCUGAAUCGCAAGAAUAAAUAUAUUAAAUGUAUUCUCUCAAGGUUAUUUUAAUAGAAAAGUGCUGCGAUUCAAUUUCGUUACCUUCUUAUUUUUCACGAUUUUCGAAGAGUCUACAGAAAUGUAAUGGUUAGGGGACCGUUCAACGACGACAUUUACGCCGGAAUCAACUUUUAUAAUACAAUACACUACUAGAGACGAGCAUCGGUACGAGCAGGACGUUACUUAAGGUGUUUCGUUCCAAUCCACUUCAAAGUGCUGUACAUCAUUGAUUAUUACCCUGAAAAAUACAGUAUGAAUAUACCGACGACGAUUUAUUUUUCAUCAGCGUUAACCCUAAGCUAGCAAACUUAAAGCGUCAGAGGAUAUGAAUACCCAGUUACUGUACGGGACGGGUGUUGUGGCAACGUCUUAAUAAACUGAGAUGUCCGUAACAACCGUCGUCUUGAAGAUAACAAAACUGGCGCGGGGAGAAGUUCCACCCCUUUCGCGCAGUCGCUGCGGUCCCGCACGCGGUGAACACACGGCAAGUGCGCGCGCGGUUCCCACGGAGAGACACAGCAGGGAGGCGUACCCUCCUCUCUCUUCCCCACACACACACACACACGUGUGUGUGUGCGCGCGCGGAGGUGUCCAAUUCGGCAGUGUCAUCACCAGCCCCGAUCCAGCUUCGGUGUCAGGUGUGGAGGGGGACUCUUUUUAUAGCGGCUCCUGCUCUGCACACACACACACACACACUCUCACUCUCACAGACGCGGAGCGAAAGUCCCCGCGGUCCGAAGAGCGACAGCAGCGCCGGGAGCGCGCAGGGCAGCUGAGAAUGUCGUGAUCAGCGCUGCUGCCUUUGUAUGUGAAGGUUGCCGGUUCAGAUCUCCCCUACUGCAAUAGCACCCUUGAGCCAGGGAAUCUUUGUGGCCGGAUGGGACUGACAGUGGGCAAUGUUGUGUCGCCUCACCGUUAACGCUCAAGAGAAGAGCACGCCGUCUGGUUACAACACUGUCCUAAUCUCCACAGAACCUGUGUCUUAUGGCUGCACAAACCCUGGAGUAAAAACAACCUGUGACUCCGCCAUCCUGUGCUCUGAUCGAGUGGGGAAGACGGGGGUCGUGGUUCCCAACGAGCGCAAGGCAACCCUCACGACUUGCUGGGGGCGAAUCGGUGUGCCCCGCUGCUCCGGUGAAGGCACAUCCUCCAGAGAGGCCAACCUCUGUUGCCUUGUCCAAGCUCCCAACAUGUCCACCAAGGCACCCAUCUACUUGAAGCGGGGUAGCCGCAAAGGGAAGAAGGAGAAGCUACGGGAUAUCUUGUCCUCUGACAUGAUCAGCCCACCGCUUGGGGACUUUCGGCACACCAUUCACAUUGGCAGCGGUGGUGGGGAGAAUGACCUGUUUGGGGACCUGUCCUUCCUGCAGGGGAAGUUCCACCUGCUGCCUGGGUGGCAGGGUAGCGGGUUGUCCCAGCUCUCCAGCCAGUGUCAGGAGCCCUUUCAGUUGAACCGCACGGCCAGCGUGUGUGGGUGUCCGCCGUCUUCAGAGAACUCACCCCUGCUGAAGAAUGCCAUUUCUCUGCCUGUCAUCGGCGGGGUGCAGGCCCUCACACUGCCACCUUCUGCUCCUGCCCCAGUUCCUGACCCGCUCCCUGGUGCACCCCUGUUGCCUUCCCAAGCCCCACCGCCAAAACCACCCAGACUCCACUUGGAUGACAAGGGCCUACCCUCAGUGCAAGAUUCUUCUUUCCCAACUGCCAUGUCCUCCGGCGUAACCUUGCCCCUCACCUCACCUUCAUCCGGGCCUUUGCCAGAUACAGAUCAAGGCUCCAGGGACCCCGAGGACCCUACAGAGCAGCCCUAUCUGUCCCAUGCAGGCUCCCUGUUGUCCCUGCACCUGGACCUUGGGCCUUCUAUCCUGGACGAUGUGCUCCAGAUCAUGGAUAAGCACCGCGUAAGCAGCCUAAAUGGCUCUUGUGUGCAUGGGGGACGACAGGAGCUUUUCAUCUGAGCAUGUGCCCCUGUCUUUGGGCAGGAGAGACUUCUCCCGCUUUUAAAGGCCCUGCCCUUACCAGUACUGUUGUAUUUUGAGAACAUUUUGCUUCUGCAUAAAAGCAAUGAAUGGGCCCAUAAAAUGGUAAUACAGCGUUUACACUGAAUUUCUCUCAUUUCUAAGGGAUCUUCCACUCUUUGUGUGGUAAAACCAUGCAGUAACUAAGUGCAUUUUGUCUUCCUGUGUGAGUGAAACAUGAACCAUGACCUUGUUUUUUUUUAUGCAUGCAAGCUAUAGUAAUCUACAGCCAGUGGCUCAUUUGUGCUGCAUAUAUGAAAUGUACAGAGACUGAAAACCCAGCCUAACCCAUUGGUGACACCACAUUUAAUGUCAGAACUUAACUUCUUUCAAAGGAAAACACCUGAACUCUUAGAAAAAGGUUCAAACUGGGUUAUGAAGAAGACUGACUUCAGGCAUGUCCUACCAUGACGGAGCUCAUCCGUUUCUCCAAAAAACUUGCGAUCUGUCAUUUUUAUUUCCUAAUCGGACAUUAGGAAGGUUGGAUCAACAGAAAAUGCCAGACUUGCUAAUGAAUAAUCACGUGAAAUGUUUGCUGGUGUCUGGGCCACUGGUUGGUGGAAUAACAGGAGCUGUUUUUCUGAAAAUGCUCCCUUUAGGUCUUGUCUCUCAUCACGCUGCUUAUUGUCACCGUCAACAGCCUUCAGCUGAAUGUUGCUCAUGGGGGAUCACAUACACACAGGACUAUUGUCAGUAGACUGAACAAGACCAUUUGUGGGUUUAUAAUAGGAGACAAAACAGUUGCUGUAUACUUGUGUUUGCCAAUGGCACAGGCCUUCAGCACAAAUGUUCUUCCAUUACCACCUUUUUAUGGAAGCAAUAUCAAAUUCAGAAUUCAUUAAAUGCACCAAUGAAAAUACUAAUUAUGAUUCUAAAAACCAUGAGUAAAUAAACACUUCUGCAGUUAACAAAAGCUCAGAGAUGAAGAAAUCAUAGCAUUUAAGCUUAGAGAGAUAUGGCAUUUCUUGUUAGAUCUGAGGUGGGGUGUGAUGGUGCAGUGGGUUUGAGUGGGUCCUGCUCUCUGGGGGGUC